CCUUCAUCUCCUCUACCCAGCCCUCCAGGCGCCUGACAUGAGUCUUUGCGGGCCCCUUAACUGGAGCCUGGCUGGCGAGGCUACCACGUGCUCGGCGCCCGGGAUCCCCAACGUGUCGGCGGUGCCGCCCUUGGGUGGUACGGGCGGAUCACCAGCGCUGCCCAUCUUCUCCAUGACGCUGGGUGCAGUGUCCAACGUGCUGGCACUGGCGCUGCUGGCUCAGGCCGCAGGCCGCCUGCGGCGCCGCCGCUCGGCCGCCACCUUCCUGUUGUUCGUCGCUAGUCUGCUGGCCAUCGACCUGGCGGGCCACGUGAUCCCGGGCGCACUAGUGCUGCGCCUGUAUGCUGCGGGGCGCGCACCGGCCGGUGGGGCCUGCCACUUCCUGGGUGGUUGCAUGGUCUUCUUCGGCCUGUGCCCGCUCCUGCUGGGCUGCGGCAUGGCAGUGGAGCGCUGUGUGGGUGUCACCUGGCCUCUGCUCCAUGCCGCGCGCGUCUCGGUGGCCCGCGCGCGCUUUGCGCUCGCCGCAUUGGCCGCUGUGGCCUUGGCGGUGGCGCUGCUCCCGCUAGCACGCGUGGGUCGCUAUGAGCUGCAGUACCCUGGCACCUGGUGUUUUAUUGGCCUCGGGCCACCCGGCGGCUGGCGCCAGGCACUGCUUGCCGGCCUCUUCGCAGGCCUCGGCCUGGCUGCGCUACUCGCUGCGCUAGUGUGCAACACGCUCAGCGGCCUGGCCCUGCUGCGCGCCCGCUGGCGCCGCCACUCCGGACGUUUUCCCCAGGCCUCCCGCCCAGAUAGCCGCCGACGCUGGGGGUCACGAGGCCUCCGCUCGGCCUCCGCCUCGUCUGCCUCAUCCAUCGCUUCAGCCUCCCCAGCCCUCCGCAGUUCCCGGGGCGGAGGCUCAGCACGUAGAACCCGCGCCCACGACGUGGAGAUGGUGGGCCAGCUCGUGGGCAUCAUGAUGGUGUCGUGCAUCUGCUGGAGCCCGCUGCUGGUGUUGGUGGUGCUGGCCAUCGGGGGCUGGAACUCCAGCUCGCUGCAGCGGCCGCUAUUUCUGGCCGUGCGCCUUGCUUCCUGGAACCAGAUCCUGGACCCCUGGGUGUACAUCCUGCUGCGCCAGGCCGUGCUGCGCCAAGUGCUUCGCCUUCUGCCUUCAAGGGCUGGCGCCAAGGGCGGCCCCGCGGAGUUGGGCCUAACCCGGAGCGCCUGGGAGGCCAGCUCUCUGCGCAGUUCCCGACAGAGUGGUCUCAGCCACUUCUGAGUGCGCCCGAAGGCUAAGCCACCCAAAGUGCUCAGCGCAGCGCCUUUGAGGAACCAGUUUUGUCCCGUCGGGGCUGCAGCACACACUGGGGCCGCGUGGGGGCGGCAGAAGAUCCGUGUGCGCCUCGAGACCGGUGCAGCUCCGAGGCUUGCCACGCGAGGGCGCAGACACCCGACGCUCAGUUGUCCAGGUGGGAAUCCAGAGCCAAAGCCACAGGAGCAUGCGCACAACGCCAGGGCCCCAGCUCCGCAGUGACUAGAGCAAAGAG